AUAGUUUCUAUUAAACAAAAAAUAAUGUAAAAUUUUACUAUAAAAUAAAUUUAUGAGUAGAUAUGUAAUUUUAUUGGAUUAUUUAAGUGAAAUAUUACAACUCCAAUAUUACAACUAUCCAUUAAUAUGAAAAUAUUCAUUGCAAUUAUUAUAUUAUUGAUUGCUAUACAAAAAGGAGGACAGGUACCUUCCAGCUCUGAUGUUUCUAAGGACAUAACAGGAUUUAUAAACUCCAAUAACUUAGAAAACUGUCCAAUAUGUUGCCAAGAAAUAUUGGAAAAUUUUUCACAAACUAUAUGUUGUCAAAAGAUAUUUCAUUUUAAAUGUUUGAAUGAUUGGAUUAUUCUACCUAAAAAGUGCCCAUUGUGCCGACAACAUCCAUUUGAAAAAUGUAAGAUAUGUCUUGGAUAUUUAAAUGUGGAUGCAACUAAUGUAAAAUGUUGCAAAAGCCAGUUUCAUAAGAAAUGUUUAGAUGAAUGGUUUAAAAAAAAAUUUUAUACUUGUCCUAAUUGUAAAAAACAUUUAAUAACAGUAUGUAAAGAGUGUAAUCAAGAUGUAAUUAUGAACAUAGCUGUAGCUGAGUGUUGUAAAACUCAGUUACAUCAGGAAUGUUUAGAUAAAUGGUUAACUAAUUCGAUAAGGUGUCAUUUAUGUGAAGGAGAUUUAAUAUCCGGAUCUCAUGUCUGCUCUUUUUGUAAAAGAAUGAAAAAAAACGAAAACAUGAAUUUGGUACUAAUGAAUUGUUGUAGUAUCUAUUUAUGUACAGAUUGUAUCAAUACAAAUUUGAAAACUAAGUGUUUGUGUGGAGGAUACUUAGUGGAAGGUAUUACUUUCGAAGACGUCCGAAAAUGUACGCAGUGUAAGGAGCGUACUGGAAAAUAUAAUUAUUCUCCUCGUUGUCCACAAAUAUUUUGCAAAAAAUGCUUUAAACACUUGAAUAAAUGUUGUGUUGAUAAACCACCCUAUUGUAUCUAUUGUUUUGAAGAAUAUGUGAAAAAACCAUUCUUCUCUUGGCAUUGAAUAUGAUAUUUAACAUAAUACAAUAUGAAAAUUGCUCAUUGUUUGAAAUGUUGCAGAUUUUUAGAAUUAUUUAAUAAUUAUAUUUUUGAUAUUAUUUUAUUAAUAAAUACAUAUUUUGAAUUAAACUUAAUAAUUAAAAAAUUA